GUACCAUCGUGUGUCUCUUGCUUACUCAGUCAGUUACAAUCGAACCUUUGUCAGUAUAGGGUUAUUUAAGCUGACGAUAUACCUGUUUGAUAUCAUUCAAUACGUGAACUCGUUUAAUUUCAACCCUUCAUUACGACUUUGGCCCUGAACACGCGUCGAACUCUAACCGACGCUUUGUGAACCACCAAUGCGGUUCAUAAGAAGCGUAGCGGCAAUAUCAACCCCCGGUGAAUAAUCGGUUAAGUUUUAUUUUAAAAGUUCACGCAACUACGGUAAAAAAAUUAAACUUUUAGUAAUGGCAUCAACAAUCGUGCUCUUUGCUUUCGGACUUGCUGCGGGUUAUCAACAGUGCGCACAGUGGAAAGAAAUUUUACCCUGCAGUUGUCGCAGUGAAAUAAACAGUACCUUCAUUACAGUCAAUUGCGAUGGGUUAAAAUCGUAUUCGCACGCUGUUCAAGUCCUCCAAAAUAAGUUUUCGGCGAAAGACAAAAUUGUCCUUAAAAUAUCUAACUCCCAACUUGAUGACCUACCCCUUCAUACUUUCAAAGAACUGAACAUUAGUUUGGAAAAUCUGAAGUUAAACUACGAUGAUUUAAGCAAUGCUACUCUAUCACCGAACACAUUUGAGGACCUUCCGCACAUAAAUUACUUUAGUCUGGCUGAUAACAAUAUUGGUUACAUUCCUGAAGAGAUAUUAGCGAAAAUGCCGAAUAUCAAAACAUUGGAUUUAGGAAGAAUAGGGGUGCAUGUAUUAAAGGAAGGAAGUUUUAAGAGUCUUCCUUACCUUCAGCAUCUGGUUCUUGCGGGAAACAACAUUACAAGAUUGGAAGUAGGUAGCAUUCCAAGCACAGUUGGAAAAAUUCACUUAGGUCGCAAUUUAAUUUCUGAUUUAAAUGGAACAUUAGUGCCUCUAUCGGGAAUGAUAUGGGUGUUUGUAAACAAUAACAACUUGACUACUUUGGAGGGACAAUUGCCCCCGUUUGCUCCCGAUCUAAUUAUGAUACAUGGGGCCCAUAAUUACUUAGAACAAGUGCCCAAUGAAAUUAAAAAUUACCAGCGACUGCAAUCGCUAUUUUUGAACAAUAAUGCAAUUACUAAUUUAGGAACAACAUUAGCCAAACUCAGAGAAUUGCAGAGGGUACAGCUGGAACAUAAUCAAAUUUCGGAGAUUUCUGGAGAGACAUUUGCUGAAUUGCACAAAUUAGAGACGUUGCUUUUGGGUCACAAUCGUAUAAGUUCUAUUAACAACGCAUUUUUACCGUUAAGCAAAGUUGAAGUUGUUAAUUUAACACACAACUAUUUGACAGAAUUUUCAUUUGAAGAAAUUAAAGGACUGAAAUCUUUAAAAAAACUGGAUCUGUCACACAAUAGGAUAAAAAUUUUGCAAGGACCUACUGCUAAUUUAGUUGAUUGGGAAACAAAAAUCGCCGAACUCAAUUUAAAUCACAAUCAUUUGCAAUUAUUAAAUGGUGCAUUGUCGGGCCUUCCAAGUUUAGUAAAACUCGAUUUGAGUCAUAACAAAAUAUCUACAAUUUCUCCUGAUGACUUUAUUGGUUUAGAUCAACUAGUGAUUUUGGACAUUUCAUAUAAUCAACUUACAACAUUGAAUGAAAUGAGCAAGACGUUUUUGCCUUCUCUGUCUGACCUAGUGGCGGGACACAAUAAAUUAACAAUAUUAGAUAGAGAUUUCCAUGGACUUCCUAUACUAUGCUGGGCAGAUCUGUCCAAUAAUCAAAUCGUUGCAUUAGGAAGACAACUAGUCAGUAAAACUCGCUGCAACAAAGGAGUUUAUUUAAAAGUAUAUUUACAAGACAACCCCAUACUUUGUGAUGCUGCUCUUGCCGAAAUAAUUGCAGAAAUGGAAGCGAAUUACACAAGAAUUCAUGGAGUUUCACACUGCGCCCCCUUAAGCGAACAGCCAACAACAUCAAAACCAAAUGGCUACUUAGGAAUCCUGCCGUCAUCCACUCCAAUUCCACUAAGACAAAAUAACCAGCCUUCUUCAUUUGAUUUCUCAAAUCAAGCCAUUCAGAAUCAGUCGCCAGCUAACGUGGAUAUUCAGCAAAUGAACGUUCAUAAUAAGGUUUAUUCGCGCGCAGUAUUAUCAAGCUCUUUAGAAAACGAUGAACAUGAACAAGGAAACCCCUAUUAUGUUCGCCACAGUCCACCACACGAAGCUUCGUAUGUAAAAUAUACUUAUGGUUUAUCUGAUUAUUUGAAAGAUCUUAAAAAUGACACUAGUCAUAAUAAAAAUUCCGAUUAUUCCGAAAGUAAUCAAGAACAAUUAAAUGAAUUGCGGUUAGAAUUGGAAGAAUUAAAGAAAAAUUUUCUACUAUUUAAAGAGAAAAAUCAAAGGAUAGAAUCUUCUUUAGAAACAGACGAAAGUUUGAGUGAUGUACGAACACCAAAAUAGAAUUAAAAUGUUCCUAGAUUUGGAAUAUACUAAUGCGUUAAUUUGUUCCUAUUUUUGGGAGAAGACACGGAUAUUUUUACUUUGCACUAAAAUAAAAUACGUACGACACUAAAAAUACACAAAACAAGCGAAUAUUAACUUAUUUAACGAAAAGAACUAGUCAACAGAUAGAUGCAUAUUUUUGUAGAAAGGGUUAUGAAACUGUGAAGCUCGACGAGAUGUAAAUAUUAACAGGACAGAAAACACUAUUAACUCCUAAAAGGCUAGAAAACUGAAUUAACUCCGAUAGUGAGUGUAAGAUAUAUGUACGUUAAGUGCUUUCCGUGCUGCCACAUUAGUUUUUAUGCCCAUUAUGAUUUUACAAAAGAAGAGCACGAAAACAUCAAUAUUAAAAACUACUAUUAUUCAUCAUGUUCACUCUAUCUUUAAGAAUAUCUCUACAAAAACUUUAUUGGUUAUGUUUAGCCUUUUAGUUAGAAUAGUACAAAGUAUUUUCAAAGUUAGUCAAUUUACACGUAAAAAAGCUUUUAUUUAGAAAUUUAAAACUAACCUUCAUAAGGCGAACUAAUAAAGAUCAGAUACAUCUUUACAUUUUUUCAAUUUAGGGUACAAAUAAAUGUAAAAUAUUAGGAAGUACGAAAAAUUCGUAGCAAUUUAAGUAAUAAUAGUCUUAAUUUACAUGAUCAAAUAAUAAAAAUUAAGUACAAUAAUUGAUUAGACAAA